ACACCGUCCCUCCAUGAAGCCUGUAAGUGUUGUUGCACGCUUGUCCAAAGCAAGUCGCAGGGAAUGUCACUCAAAUGAUCGGAAAAACCCUUUUUAUUGCACUUCUCGUUAAUUUAUUGGAAACGUUAUUUGCACCACUGCCGCUGUACCUCCCACUCUCAUAUAACUAGGCUAUCCUGUAGGGCCUCGUUCUUGUUGACACGACGAAUUGACCAGGAACUACCGCAGGAACAAUCGGAGCCAGGCGCGAGGCCACGAUCUGAUGGUUCCACAAAACCAUUGGCCCUGAUAAUAAAGGUCAUGCUGACGGAUCCCUAUCUCAAGACGUAUAGCGUGUUUCUGAAGGAAAAACUUGCCUACGACAAUCUUCUUCCCACCAUUUCUCAGAUGUGGACGGAUGCCGGGGAAUCGGUUUCGUUCGGUCCCCGUUGUUGGAAGGCCGUCGAAGGCGAACAGGAUGUUUUGGUGCUGGAGGAUCUUUGCGCAAGUGGAUACGCUAUCGGUGAUCGGCAGAAGGGUGCUGAUCUAGCCCACGCGCACGCCCUACUGAGCAAAUUGGCCAAAUUUCACGCGGCAACUGCUGUUGAUUAUCGGAAGAAUGGUCCCAUAGCUGAGUUAUACGACAGGGGGAUGUUCCAGGAGGAAGGUCGCGAAUACUUUGCUGAGUUUUCGAAAGUGAUCACUCCUAUUUUCCUCGAAAUUUUCAAAGGCUGGCCGGAAGCCGAGAAAUACAAGAAAAAAUAUGAAAAAUCGAUGGAAAACAUUUACGAAAAAUUGUACGAUGCUACCAAAAAGGAUGAUAGUGGAUUCGUUUGCUUAUGUCAUGGGGAUGUUUGGACAAACAAUGCCAUGUUCAGCCACAAGGAGACUGGAAAAAUCAAAGAUGUUUUGUUGAUCGAUCUUCAAGACGUUUAUUAUGGAUCACCAAUUCAAGAUCUUUUCUAUUAUCUCAUCUCUUCAAUAACACUCGAGUUGAAAGCAACAAAAUUUGACGAACUGCUUCAGUUUUACCAUUGUGAACUAGUGAAAUCGCUUAAGAAACUACAUUAUCCAGAAAGAAUUCCAUCCCUUCGUGAACUUCACAUGGAACUUUUGAGGCGAGGAUUCCUAGCAUUCCAGUGUACCUACGACUGUUUGCCGAUUGUGUUGGCCGAUAAGAAUGAGAAUGCAAAUUUUGCAAACUUCAUGGGCGAGUCUGAGGAAAGUCAAAGGUUUCGGUUAGACGUGUACAGCAAUCCCCUGUAUUUGGAGCAUUUCAAGACCUUGGUGAAACUUUUUGAUACCCGAGGGCUGUUGGAGUAUGAAUGACAUGAAACGAGGAUCCAAGAAACUAUUUUCGUACAAUUUCGUGCACAAAAUAUAAUUGAAAAACAUUAACAAAACGAUGAUUUGUUUAAAUUUGGAUUUUCUCUACCGAAUGUAUGUAUGUAACUUGACCUGGAACAACAUUCAGGAUGAAAACAGCGAUAAC